UCUAUGCUCAUCUGUCAAACCAAUAAUCGAACGGACGUUGUGGUUGGGACACAGAAUUACUCAUCAAUGGAUUAUUUAUAUUGAUAUUAUUGUAAAUAGUAAACUCCUGGUAGUAUUUAUUAACCCAAAAUCAUUUUAAUUGCUGUUAUAUGACCUAAAAAAAUAACCAUGCAGCGUCGAAGGGGACCAAACUUUACGUACGUUAGUGGCUGUGUGAAAUAUAUGAUUUUUGUGCUGAAUUUUGUGUUUUGGUUGCUUGGAGGACUACUCAUAGCUAUUGGAUUAUACGCUUUCCUGGACAAAUGGCAAGCUACGGGACUCAUAAAGUUGGACACAGUGUACGAUGUAAUGCUGAAUAUCAGUCUGCUGCUGGCAUUGCUUGGAGCAGUUGUGUUUGUGGUCAGUUUCGCGGGCUGCGUCGGCGCGUUAAGAGAGAACACAUGUCUGCUCAAAUUCUAUUCUCUCUGCCUCCUAAUCCUCUUCCUCGUGGAAAUGGGCGGUGCUGUCUGUGGCUUCGCGUUCCCGCGCUCUCUCCACGGCUUCCUCGAGAUUGGCUUCACGGAACGAGUGCUGCAUGCGUAUAGAGAUGACCCUGACCUUCAGAACUUCAUUGAUUUUGCUCAGAGCGACUUCCAUUGCUGCGGCCUGACGUCCGAUGGCUACAUGGACUGGUCGAAGAACGAAUACUUCAACUGUUCCUCACCUUCCGUGGAGAGGUGCGGGGUUCCAUUCUCGUGCUGUAUCAACGCCACGGACAUUGCUUCUGGGCUGGUCAACAUUAUGUGCGGAUAUGGUGCUCAGAACUAUCCGGUGGCCGAAGCGAGCAAGCGUGUCUGGACCAGCGGUUGCAUAGAAAUAGUUCGUUCCUGGAUGGAGCGGAACUUAUACACUAUAGCAUCAGUGGCCUUAGGAGUGGCCCUGUCACAACUAUUCGUUAUUUACCUCGCUAAGACUUUGGAGGGACAGAUUGAGCUGCAAAAAUCCAGGUGGCAGACAUGAAACAGGGGCACGGCGGGCGCCUACCGCGACGACUGUCGCCGCGCGCUGCUGUAGCACGCGGCGCCCGCUCCCGCUGUCGCUACCGCCACCGCUCCCGCCACCGCUCCCGUCGCCGCUCUGCAUCUCUAACCGGUAUUACAAAACAACACGAGUGUACAGCGGUCGGCACAGAGCGCGUCCGCGCCCGCUACCGCUUAUGAGGUAUACAAAAGAAACGUAAUGUGUGUAGCGGCUAGCUAAAGGCGCGCUUUGUUUCCGCUACCGCUCCUGCUCGCUAUUUCCUACAAGUAUGUAUCAAAAAGGACAUGUUGAUAAGCAGAUGUGUUUUCAAGUAGUAAACAGUGAAGUGAGUCAUGAGACAUAAAAUAAAAUCGACUCUAAUAUAAAGGUUCCCGUUUUUGAGUGGUUUUAAUGACAACUCUCAGUCAUUCUUAUUUCAGCAAUGUGGAGGCACACUGACAUUUUAUCCCACCAGGCGGCGCCUGUGCAAGUGUCUAGGCAUGUCACUGUCAUUCAUAUGUGUGAGAGAGAAAAAAAACAUAUCUUCUCGCUCUCACGUAUGAAAUUCUUUAUCUGUGCAAUGGACUAAUAGAGUGGCGCCAUCUGUCACCUUUGAGUAUGCCUCCUCAUUAAGUACAUUUAAAAAUUGAUUUACACUCGUCCUACUUUUCAUUACUUAAAUUCCCAUAAGAGUAUUUCUCAUAAUCACAAAACAAAAACAGUUGGCGCGCGGAUGACGUAACACAGUGAAAAAGUAUGCAGUGGAAAGGUAGCUUUAAACUUGACGGCGUUACCCAGUGUGACGCAGUGGACAAAGUGAAUGUUUGUAAACGUAACACAAUGGACUGGAAUUAUUAUAAUGUCCGACAAACUUGGUUUGUUCGGACAUAAGCCAAAAAAAGCAGCUUAGUUAUAGUAAAAUCUACUUUUUUCUAUCUCAUGGAAAAAAUAUGUAGGGCCUGAGGGCACGCUCGGAGCGGAGCGUUCGGCGGGGCGGGCGAGUGCAUACUAUACACCGUGUUUUUUUUAAUUUCCGUUAAAUUC